UCUUUCCAUGUUUUUUAGGUAGGCUUGGCGGGGAGUAUUUGGACUUUUGGGGCUUGGCUUCUACUUUAAGCUCAAUAUCUUUCAAUAUUGGUUGGCUGGCAGAGAGAGACGGACACGAGAGGGAGAGCAGACGACCCCACACUGAUAAUACCAAAGCUCUCUUCGACUCGUCUUCCUAUUUCUUCUCCUCCGCCAUUAAUUAUGCCUUUGAACUUCGAUUGAGUGGUGUUGACUUGACCUCAUCUCAGUUUCUCAUUAGUCUCCACAUUUUCACCCCCCGCCGGGUGAACUGUGACCUAUCUCUCGAGUGUCGUCCAUUGCAGGUCUGAUGGAUGGAACCGAUUUGAGUUUUUUAGAUUUUGGAACAAACCCAAUUGAGUUUUGGAGAAUCUUUGACAAACCUAUUUCAUAUUUGGUCUGUAUUACUUUGUUUAUGCUUCUUAGAAGCAAUGAUUGAGGAGUCUGAGGCAAGCCCAGUUCGGUUCCAGGUCUGAUUCUGUUCAUUUUUUUCUUGCUGAAUUAAAAAUAAGAGUGGGUAUCGAGGAGUUUCAAUGCUUAUUUCAAUUCUGCUGAUUGUCUGUUUUCUCUUCACCUAAAGAUCUGGGAUUGGGUUGUGCCUGUAGUGAAUUAUGCAAUUUAGGCAGUGAAGAACAUCGAACUCUGAUCAAAUAUCCACCAAUUGUUAGUCAAAUUAUAAUGUUGUCUGAACCCUGUGGCUCGAGCUUUCUCCUUGCUCUGCCGGAUGAUGUGUUUGCCGUAGUAUCCCGGUCCCUCUCGCCGGGGGAUCUAUGUAAUCUCAGUUUAUGCUGCCGGAGUCUGUGCGCCCUCGUGGCCUCUGAAAAGGUCUGGCUCACCCAAUGUGAAAUGAUAGGGGUCGUGCCCCAUAGAGACCUCAUCGAGUGGCGAAAGGGUGUCUCGUCCUACGUGGCACUUUGCCGCUUCCUCAUUUGUAUUCAUCCAUUGAUUGGAAUUUGGGUUCAUCAGAACCCCGAGCUUGGCAACGUGGUCUAUGUCAUGCCUGGUUUUGUUUCAGUUGUUGGAUGCCGGAUAAUCCCACAAGAGCUUGGUCCAUUAGGCAUUGAGGAUGGUCCCAUCCUAUGGGCGCCUGUGUUUGAAGUUCUUGGUAAUUAUGAUGGUUCCGCCACAUUUUUCCUCCAUGGAAGGGAGAAGGGAAAUGACUAUUUUUAUCCUGGUUCAGUCAAACCUAUUGAGAGGACUUGCAAUGUGCUAUUGCUUGAGGUGGAGGCAUUGCAAGAAGAAAAUGAGGGUAAAUUGUUGCAUAGCAAGAGCUUUGCUCUCCAUUCAGAUAAGGAUCUAAGAAAAGUUUGUAGGUCAAAUAUUGGAAUUUCAAGGUCUCAAAGGGUGCUUGGACCGAAUGAGGCGAAGUUGCCAUUUGGUCGACUGGCUUUUUGUGAUAGAAGAAAAUUGCUGAAUGUUGCUACCAGCCAAGUUCGUCAAAAGGUUCCGGAUUCUGCAAAUGGGCCACUAUUUCCAGGGUUAAGAGAUGAUGAAGAUAACUUUCAGAAAGAUCUGGCAUUCUUAUUGGAACGGAGAUCACUGCUUAUCGAAAUGUAUAAGUUCGGUGGUCGUCAAAUUGACUGGAAGGCAAUUCCUGAACUGCCAUCUGAUCCUACCCAGUCGGAAUUGAGCCAGAUUAGAAAGAGUCUUGAUCGUCCAAGUGGUUUUAGCAAUUCCCUUAAUUGCGAUGAUGAUGGUCACGUACAAUGUGCCAAGAGAAAAACUCUUCGUGGCUACUUUAAGAAUAGCCUUAAACAGUUCCUGGGGAGGUCCAGCUCAAUUAAUGUUGGGAAUGCAAUUUCAAAGAAUGGUUCUUCAAGCGGCGGGAAUAAGCAUGCACAACUUCAUGAGUUUUUUACGUCAGGUGAUGCAAUAAGACUUGCAUUACAUGCAUCCACUAUCAAGUUAUCUUCUUAUCGAGCAUGGCCAAACAUGCAUGAAAGUCGGUUUGCCCUCUACAAGUUGCCCAUGCGAGCUCCAACUGCUGACCAUGAAUAUGCUGGUUUAUGGGGAGGGACUUUUGGUUGGCCUCCUGGGAGGCCUACAGAAGACAAACCUGGUAAGGCACUCUUCUUUCUACUGCUCUCUUAUGAGGAGUCCCAAGGGCAGCGGCAUCUUAUCGCAACCAAAAUAUUGGAAGGCACCCACUACGUUCUGCAUCCUAAUGGCUCAGCAAUGUUUAUAGUGAAUGUAGACGAGCCUUCACCGGAUCCAUUUCCUUUCGAUUCCGAUGUAGAUUCUAUUCCUGUGAAUCUAAAGCAUGCUUUUAUGGGAGAGGGUAUUGCAAAUGGUUAUGGAUUCAGGUAUCCCGGUGCAAAGCCCGGUUCCCUCUUUGCAUUUCAAAAUGGUCUUCUUGCCUUCAUUUGGAAGGAAACCAGGGCAGUCUUGACCUUGCAGAGACUUGACUUGCAAGAGCUGCUGAAGAAGGGUGAACAAGUGCCUGCACUACCUCCAAUCGCCAACUUUUCAUAUUUGACUCGGUCAUACUCAAACGUGUUUGCAGGCUUCCCAAACAACUCAACUUGUUUGUCUUCACCAAGGACCUCUGAGGACAUAUCUUCCUAAUCUAGAGAGGAUGAGUACUAUUGUGGUACUAGUUGACCACUCGAUAUUAUAAGUACUUAAAAGCAGUUUGUCUAUUUCUAAAGUACACUUGUAUGCUAUUGUUGGGGUACUGAAAGGACAAAGUGGGUGUGGCUUUGUGUGGAUGGGAAUAGUUUUUUUUCUGAGCUCAAGCUAGGUUAUCUUAUCUUGACUGCAGGACGAUUAGAGUCGGCUUUCCUUAAAGCUUCAUCACUCACAAGCCUUACAUUCUAUCUUGAUCUGUGUAGCCAUAGUUGAUGCAAGUUCACUUGGUAGGAUUGAAAUGCGAAGAUGCUUGACAAUUAAUGAGUUAAAGAGUGGUGUGUGAAAUUCAGAAUUUUAUUAGGGAAAAUAAAAAGUUGUUACUGCUUAUAGUUACACAUAUAAGAUUUCUUAAUUCUGGUUUGAUGGUAAAUUUUAUUUUUUAUUUUUGAUUUUUUUUUUAUAUAUUUCUUUGGAACAAGUUUUGGGAAGCUGGCAACAGUUUUUGUAUCCAUUUGAGAAACUGUUGACAAUUUAUUCGCGAUAUAGGUUAGAGUCUAUAAUUAAAGUAAAUAUUUCACUGCCUGGUGUUUUGUAAUCACGUUUCCUGAAUUUAUCAAGAAAUGAUGUCCAAUUAUUCUGUUCCCUAGAGGCACUUGUUCAAAUUUUUUUGAAAGUGCAGAAGGGUGCAGAAAGGCUCACAAGUUAAGAUGA